AUGCGUAUGCUAUUCGCCGUGUAUCAGAAGUCUUUUAUUGCUGGACCUGGGCGUGCUUGGACCAACGCGGCGGUUGAGCAAGAUUUGAGGGGCUUUUACGGAUCGAAGGGUCUGAAGGUCGCUCGUUAUCGCAUGGAACAACGGGAGAAGUCCGAGGUAGGACGCGCAAUCGGCGGGAUGCUUAGGACGGCGUACAUGAGGGCAAAGACUGAUCAGCGACGGCCUAUGGUCGUUAUUGGCGAUGGCGACUUCAGGGACAAGGGCGGAGGGCUGGUCAAGUCGAACAGGUUCAUAUCGCGGCUGCAGUCUCAGGCUACCGGGAUGGGGAUGCUGAUGUGCUGCGUUGACGAACUCCGGACGUCGAUAUCUUUUUGCAGAUUCUACAAGAGAGUCGAGACUCAGGGCCGCUCGGUCGUGUGCCCUGACCCGGCAUGUGGAGAUCGUCAGCCGUCGGAAUAUGACUUAACACGCAAAUUGAACCCUACUACCGGUCUUCAGCGCGAUUGGGACCACAACGCUGGCCAGAACAUAGCUAACGCAGCCCUUCGAUGGGUAGAGGACUUCAAGUGGCUCGACGCGCUGAACCGACAACUCAUCAAGAGCCAAAAAGCGCCGACUGGAACGGCACAUAUUAACUAUGGUCGUUAG